AUGACUCGUCGGGUUCCUCGUAUCCAUCGUCUCCCUCAGCGUCUCGACUACAACCUGAUUCCCGCGCCUUUGGAUCUAUCUCUUCCGCUGGCCACGGAAAAGUCUCCUUUACCAGCCAUCAUUGUGACCCCAUCAUCUCCAUCGGCUGACGCACCUGAGUACUACAUAGCGUUCUUAAAACCGCCCCCUAAGCCUACGUUUCGUGAGCGCAUCUCCGAAUAUUCUCCUUUCCAGCCACAGGUGCCCCUGAAGGCUCGGAGCGCUAUGAUCGUGUCCCUCAUUCUCUUCAUUCUGAUCUGCCACCUUCUGGUACACAUUGCUGUCCGCCGUCCACACUUCGAUUUCAUCCCAUCCUCUGAUAAUAUCUCGUCGCUCAAAACGAAUUAUCAUCAGGCCCAAAACUCGUUCUUGGACUCAUUUGUUUCAGAUCUCAAAUCUUUUUGGAGUGGACCAGUGGCCGGGGAUGCGCGAAAUUUCAUAAUCGAAGAUUUUUCACAACCAGCGCAUCGGUAG